AUGGAAGUUUGUCGUCUUUGCUUGAAACUCCUCACGGGUUCCUUUUACAAACUAGAAGAAUCCUAUAAAAAGAUCAUUAAUGACCUUAUACCAGAAGUUAACUUAGAAAUAUCAUCGGACCCAGUAAUUUGCACGCAAUGCUUACUCUCAAUAGAUGAACUAUACACCUUCAAAAUGUUAUAUUCCCAAAACGAACAGCAACUGAAACAUAAAAUAAAAGAUUUGGUUGGACCAAAAUUAUCAGAACAAGAAAUUUUACAAUGCCAACAUUCACCAGAAAAAACCAAAGAAAGGUUGUGCAGGACUUGCUUGAAAUGUAUUGAAAAUAAUGCUUUUACUGUUUUGAAACCAUCUUGUUGCGAUGCUUAUUUGGAAAGCAUGCUACAGACAUGUCUUCCAGAUUUGGAUUUAGACAUAUCCCAAGACCCAGUAAUGUGUGAAAAAUGCUUUAAUUUCUUACAAAAAUUUCACAAUUUGAAAUCCGUAUGUCAAGAAGUAGAAGAAAAAUUAAAGAAAUACCAUCCAGAAAAUUCUUUAAUCGAUUUGUAUAAUGUUGUUCUCGAGGAAAGUUUACCAAAAACAACUACAGAUACCAAUAAUGAUGCUGUAAAUGUUAAAAAUGAAUUAUUAGAUGAUAUAAAUGAUGUCAUUAAUGGGUUAGAUGAUUCUGAAGAUUUCUCAAACAUCAUUGUUAAGCAAGAGGAGAUAGACAUUAAAUUAGAAGAGUAAGUAAUUAUUUUUUUCUAGUUAAUAA